ACUCAGUAUCGCGAUGAUUAUUUUCUUAAUUCUGGGGACAAGAUUCGCUAUUUUUUUGAGGAAGAAGCGUUUGAUGAAUCUGGAAAAUUAAAAGUGGAAAAAAACAAAGCAAUCAAUAAAAUUGGACAUGCAUUACAUGAACUUGAUCCCGAUUUCAAGAAUUUUUCAUUAAACAAUAAAUCGAUACAUCAAAUUGCUAAAAACCUAUGUUUGAAAAAUCCUCAAAUUUUACAAUCUAUGUUGAUAUUAAAGCAACCUUAUAUCGGUGGUAGAGUGAGUCCACAUCAAGAUUCCACGUUUCUAUAUACUAAACCUUUGUCUGCCAUUGGAUUUUG